AUGAAGAAACCGGCAAACAACAUCGAUAUCAUCCGAUUCUGUGUUCUGCCAAUCUGUGGCCUACAAUUUUUCGACGUUUCUCCUGGAAAUCAUCAAAAAACGUUCAGCAAUCGGCUUGUUCGACGAUAUCAUCCCGCCGAAACACUUUUGACGUUCGAAAGUGUUAGCAACGAGGAUAUCAAUGCGUCGAUGCACCAUUGGCACCGAGCAGACAGUCCGAGAAUUGUCCAGUACCGGUUUUUGAGUAGUAAUCGGACUCGGCGACCUGUUCGAUGGGAUCCGGAGAAACGGGCGAGACGAUUCAGGUACGGUGAACUUAAAAAUGAGCGCGUCUCCAAAUACCGCAACUUUCUCGACUUUUCCGUCUGUCAGGAUCCGUUCCCGAUGAGUCCAUUGCGAGAAUCAAGGACGCCGAGUGGUUCUAUGGUUCGUUAAAAACGAUAAAUCCCAGUGUCUUCCCAGAAGUGAGCUGACACUCAUAGCCAGUCGUUCAGUCCCUUCUCUCACCAUGGACCCGUUGGAUAUUGUCGAAAAACUGGCCCAAGUGCCUGUGAAUCUCAUCGCCCAGUACCUGGAUCCCAUUGAUUUGUAAGUUGUUUUGCAAACAAUCAUAAUAAUCAUUACAUUUUCAUUCUUUCAGUUUCCUCAUCGGAUUCGAUCAAAAAAGGUCCAAAGCGUUCCGCAAGUUGGCUCGCAAUCAGCUCUUCGGCGCGUCGAUCGAUAUCGAUUGGAAUCUCACGACGAGAAGAGAAAUCAACGUGGCAUACUAUGAUUGUGAUGGAAAUGAGCGCAUGCAGAACCGCUUGUACUUUGGCGAGUCGGAUGAGGAUCUCGAGCGGAACAAACUCAAUUUUUCGAGUGCGACACCUGAAGAAGCGGCUCGGAAGCUUCAAAAAUCGAUGAAAAUCAUCGGAAAGUUCACGGCGACUAUCGAUUUUCGGUCCGUCGACAUCGGCAACAGUGAAGACGUUCAAUACUUUGACGCGUUCCUCAAACGCCGCACGAUCAAGACGCUCCGACUCGGAUCCCCGUACCGUACCCCUCAAAAAUGGUGUGGCAAACUGUUGACGGCUUUUGUGGACGGUAAAACGGUGACGAAUUGGAUGCGCUUCGAGCUGAGAUCCGAUCGACAUUUCGAUUUCGGCAAGUUGACGUCUCCGUGGCUUGUGCACUUUUCGACGGGCGGAUGGAUGAGCCCACAACAGCUGAUUCGUCUGCGUUGUCGACAAGUCGAAGUGAAAAUGGAGCAUUUCAAUUUCUCGCCGCAAAUUUUGAACAAAUUCCUAAAGGCCUGGAAGGAAUCGAACGUUCGCAACGAGUUGGAGUAUUGUCUGUUCACAAUUGAUGGCCGACACGAGUCGGACACUUUGGACGUGCUCGAACACGUCGAUUGGCUGCCGUGGAACGCGACGAGACGAGAUCGAAAGUUGCCGGUUCAGAACAACGAGUUCGGCUCGCCGUACGACUACGAUUUCAUCGAUUUCUCGGAGGCGUACGACAUUACGCGCGGCGACGGAACCAUCGGAUCCGUGAAAAUCGCCGCCGACGUCGUCGAAUUUGUCGUCUGGACACAUCCGUUCCCAUCUCGAUCGGCAAUUGAGACGCUCAACGCGCGCAAGGCCCAAAUCGACCGAGUACUGGACGCUCUGAGCCCACAAAUCAGGGCCCGAGUGAUGGAAAUCUCCGAGGAGUACGGUGGCGUCGAGGAGUUCCAGAAGCGAGCGCCCGAGGAAUUCGAAGCGAUCGGACCGGAGGGAUUGAAGGCGUUGAAGGAUGUGCUCGAUAAACUGACGAUUGAAGACAGCCUGAGGAAUUUCAACGCAUAA